AUGACAGAACAGUCAUGUCAGAACAUAACACCAGUAUAUAUCCAGAUUAACACCCCCGUCACAUUGACCUGUCCGGCUGAUGACCAGGCUACGAUUCUCAGUUGGACUGGACCCGGAGGUACCCUGUAUGUCACAGGAACUACGGCUGACGCUGAUCUUGAUGACAAUGUUAAAUUACGGAUAUCUGCGAGACACACAGGAGGGAGUUAUACACUCACAUUUACAGAGUUCCGGUCGAGUGACAUCGGGAUAUAUAGAUGUACGGUUGACGGGACAGUGGGUCUACAGAUGGUCAUUGUACAAGGUGUGACAUCAGCCAGUCCAGUAUACACCAGACAGGGAGGAACAUUAACAUUACAAUGUCCUGAUACUGGUGGUAGUACAUCAUGGGUUGUCACUUCUACUGGAUUUAUUUACGCCAGCGGAACACGAAUCAACCCGAACCUAGCAGACCCAAUAAAGACGAGACUCGCUGUUAACAACGAGAGUGGAAUCUAUAGCCUACAGAUCAGUAAUGUACAACUGUCAGAUGUCAGGGAAUACAGAUGUGUUGUUGGAGUAUCAGACACAUUCUAUCAUCUACUACUGUACAUUCCUCCAGAUUUUCCUAAGAUAGAAAACACAGUCAGUGUUGAAGGUCAGAACAGAACUAUAGGAACGGAGGAUGGAAGUAUGAACUUGACAUGUAAUGCAUUUGGUGGUACUCCAGCGUCUAAUGUGUCGUGGAUUAAAGGUGGCGUCAUCUUAGUGACAUCAGCCAAUGCAGUACAGUACAGAAAGGUCUUCACGCGAGAAGACGACAGAAAUAUGUAUACAUGUCAGUCUAGUAGUCCAGCCCUGACCAGUUCUCAGACCACCAGUGUGUUGAUAUACCUAGAUUUGAAGCCGAGAAAGCCUACUAUAUCUGGCCAGAUGUCCACGACAGUGAACACAAACCUACAGGUAGUGUGUGAGUCUACAGGAAGUAGACCUGCGGCCGACAUUGAGUGGAAUGUUGGGGGAACAUGGCAGUCAAGUAAUCCAACAGAGGUCAAGGUGAUUGACAGUUCUACAGAAACCUACAACGUGACGUCAACACUCUCCCUCCAAGUCACACGUCCAGACGAUGGGAAAUCUGUGUACUGUAGAGCCAAUAACCGGGCCUUAUCUGGAGGGACUGAAUCAGAACACAAGACUAUAACAGUAUUGUAUCCUCCUGACAUACAUAUCAACUAUGUCAAUGUCACCCACAUGUCGUCAGACAGGAUAUUGACAUGUUCCCCUGAUGGUAACCCGGCCAUGUACCAGUUUAGACAAUGGACACAAACGGCGGAAGAUGGUACAGUGAUACGUCAGUUUACCGGAAUUUCCAGUUCCACAGAGUCGAUCCUAACCUUACCUGAUUCUGAUAUUACACGUCGGUAUGAGGACACAGGGUACUACAUAUGUUCAGCCUCCAAUGGCAUUCCAGGCUCCGCUUCAUACACAUCCGGAUCAGUCUUCUUUGUGGUAGAAGCUCCUCCUGUGGUGAUAACGAACACAACUGAGGUCAAGGGACAAAUAGGGAGCAGUUUCACUAUAGAGGUGGAAUUUUACAGCAGACCAGCGGUCAGUGAGACUGAUGUGACGUGGACCAAAGGAACAAAGACUUUAACUCAUAGUAAUAAAACUGCUAUGUCUAUAGUGGACACAUCUGUUCGUGUAUCAUUCCAUGGUGUUCAGAUUCAGGUCAAAGGUUAUGUGGCCGCUAUAACAAUACACAGUCUGAUGGAACCGGACUUUGGCAAUUACACAGUGACAAUAGAAAACAGUCAAGGGAGGGCUAGCUACAUGCUGGAGUUCAAAUCUGCAAGUCCGCCGUUACCACCAGACAACGUUAUACCACUAUCUCAUGAUAGCAGCAGUAUUACAAUACAGUGGACGCGGAGAUUCAAUGGUGGAGCAGAACAAUGGUUUAUCAUUGGAUACAAGACUGACAUAUCAAAGGACUUCGAUGAUCUUGCUGCAAUACCAGAUUCUCAUGAUGUUAACCAAACAUACCAAAUUACUGGACUGAAAGCUGCAACAACACAUUUCAUACGAAUAUAUGCUGAAAAUAAAAUUGGUCAUAGUGAUUUUGUUUUUCUAAACCAUACAACUGCUGUUGAUGAGGAGGGACCAAACAUCGGCCCUUUGAUUGGAGGAAUGGCAGGAGCAGCAGUUUGCCUCACACUAGCUGUUGUGGCUGGUGUUAUUUACAAACGGAAAAGCAAUGGCAAAGAUGAUGCCAAACCUAACAAUCUGCCUGAAUCAUCAGAUGGCCUGAAACCUAAUAUACUGUAUGAAUCAGCCGGGGCAAAUUAUCAACCAGCACCUGGACCAUCUUCGGAGUAUGCUAUUGUAUGUAAACCAAACAAAAAGAAUGGAGCCCCUGUUGAUCCAAAUUCUGUCUAUGCUGUUGUGGAUAAGACAAGUAAAGGCGAGAAGGAUUCUAAAAAUGAUCUAUAUGCUGAAGUCAUGAAACAACCGAAAGGAAAAGGUGGAAAAGAGCAACAGAAACCAUUAGACAAAAGGAACCGACCUGACAAGAAACAGGAAAAAGGAGGUAAAAAAAACAAAAAGAAAGCAACUACUGUCGCUGGCAUGGAUGACUAUGAAAAUAUAAUUCCAAAUAAUACCAAUAGUAAGGAUAGCUCUGCAGGUGAAGGAAUGUCAUCAAGGAAAAAGAAUCCUGAUGAACUUUUGUACCUGGAUGUUGAAUUUAAGGACAAUCACACAGAUGAGCACAGGGUUGUAGUACAUGGAAUUGAAAACAGAUGUGAAUAUGCAGAUGUUGACUUCUCCCAACAGGCUGAUCCUCUAAAAGGUCAGGAGGAAGUCAUGAAGAAAACAGGGGAAAACACAAAAGGCAAAGAAACUGUUUAAAGACUUUAUUAUUAUUUCAAUAUUUA